AUGUCAAUACACAGGGACAGCGUCAAGUAUAAAGUGUACGGAGGAAUGUCAACACACAGGGACAGCGUCGGGGAUAAAGUGUACGGAGGAAUGUCAACACAAAGGGACAGCGUCAAGGAUAAAGAGUACGGAGGAAUGUCAACACACAGGGACGGCGUCAAGUAUAAAGUGUACGGAGGAAUGUCAACACACAGGGACAGCGUCAAGUAUAAAGUGUACGGAGGAAUGUCAACACACAGGGACAGCGUCAAGGAUAAAGUGUACGGAGGAAUGUCAACACACAGGGACAGCGUCAAGUAUAAAGUGUACGUAGGAAUGUCAACACACAGGGACAGCGUCAAGUAUAAAGUGUACGGAGGAAUGUCAACACACAGGGACAGCGUCAAGUAUAAAGAGUACGGAGGAAUGUCAACACACAGAGACAGCGUCAAGUAUAAAGAGUACGGAGGAAUGUCAACACACAGGGACAGCGUCAAGUAUAAAGAGUACGGAGGAAUGUCAACACACAGGGACAGCGUCAAGGAUAAAGAGUACGGAGGAAUGUCAACACACAGGGACAGCGUCAAGGAUAAAGAGGCAUGUUUUUAUUUUUUAAACUGUAUAUGUAUACAGUAA